CCAUGUUUUCUUUGCCAUGCUUAAAGCUAAGGACAAAAAGAAUUUUUAUUGGCUUUUUAUUUGUUUUUUGCUAGGUAAGACUGAAUUUUGUAUGUAUAACGAUUUAAUUCAGAGAACAAACGUUUCGCUUUGAAUAAUUCAUGAGGCAGUAGUUACGAAGUUUCGAGUAUACAUGCUUAAGACCUUUUUAACUCAUCGCUGGUGGAUGCAGAGCUUACAUCCUUGCGCGAGGAACCAUUCCAUACCCUUUCUUGUCAUUUCCUAUCCCUUUCCUAAUUCUUUUAUCCGCUCAUAAUUCAUUCAAUGUCAUCACACCUCCUUGACAUCCAUGCACUGUUUGAAAUCCUGGCUCAUUUCUUCCAGACUGAUUACAUAUGAAAGGUCUAGUGUAAACGGAAUUUCCUAUUUGCUUAUGAUUUUUUUAGUCCAUCAAUGCUCUGCUUCCAUCAAGAAGUGGCUUCCAAAUACUAAUUUCAACAACCCAGCUAACUGGGAUAAAAGGAGAGUACCAAGUGAUGGAGAAGAUGUAAAGCUAGACAAGGUGCUAAAUGUUUUAGUGAACUCCAUGUACUUAUCCAGCUAAAAUUUUCAUUUUAAACCCCUUUUUCAUAAGAACCUAUUUAGCCUAAAAUUUUCAUUAGUUUCAUGUUUUACAAAAAUGAAUGGACAGAUGAAAAAAAAAAGUUUAGUUUAGGUUCUAGGCGGUAAGAUGAAUGUACACAGCAUUUUAUGGACACUGCAGCAUGAAAGACAUGCGUGCUAGUACUUUGGAAUUUUGGUUAUAAAUUUACUGUAUGGUUAUCAUCUAAACUGUAUUCUAGAUAAUUAUUAUUUUAAUACAGCAAUAUUUUCCAUAUGCCCUGUAGUAGUUAUAUCUGUGCUGACAGCUUAUAAGACAGUGCCCCUAUAAAAUUAAGAACCCAUUUAAGAACAUAAGUAGCCUAAAAUCCCACUAAAUACCAUUUCUAUAAGAACCUCUUUAGGCUAAAUUGGAAAAACCUAGGUUCUUAUACGUGGGUUUUUACUGCAUUUCAACUUUUUUCAAUUUUUCCACUUUAUUUACACUUCGAGUCUUAUUUACUUUACAAAUUAGGUGAAAUUAGGGGAAAUAGGAAUAAGCAUUCUCUUCUAGAACUGAAAAAAUAGUUUUUUUUAAAAUGUGAUAUUUAUUUUAGUCUUUCCAAUAUUGAUGACCUCUUGACUUACUACUGUUUUUGAAUACUUUUAUCAAAGGGGAACAAGCCACUGGCAGUAUCAUUAAGAAGAAGUCACUCUCUUAAAUCUCUGGUGAGCAAUAUUUGUGGAUCAUAAAUCAAUAAAAUUAAUUUUUUGAUCAAUAUGUUAUAUACUGGCUGACGUUUAAUUAAAUAGGAUAUACCUGUGAGGGCCUGUAUUGUAGAUCGAACUUAAAUACGGCGUAAAAUUAAUUUUUUAAGUAGGCUUAUUCUCACUUCUUUUUUAAUUCUCUCCUAUAUAGCCUGAAGGUAUUCCUGGAGGCUAUUUUGUGAAAUUUCCCCUAUAUCUACCCGCAUCAAAUCUAAUCUAAUAAUCUCUCAGAAUUCAUCAAACUUUCACAUGUAAAACUUUAUUCCAUGCAACUUCUUCAAAAAUUAUGCUCAGUCUAAAAGAAUGAAAGGAGUGUAUGAAAUUUGAUAUUUUGAUGGGCGUGGUCAAAACCGUAAAUUUUACUAGUUUGAAAAUACACUCCAGAGAAUUUAUUCCACUUCCAGCAGCCUCUGGCAACUGAUAGAUACAGUUAAAAGCAACAGUCGUACGGGAGUACGUCACGGGAAAAGCAAUUGGAAAAAAAAUAUGUCUCUUAGUAGAAUUUUGCAUUUCUAUGAAAUGUCUGAGAUCACUGCGAGACGCAUUUUCAAAGGCUUUUGACGUACUCCCAUGAAAAUCUUCUGUAACCUAUGCAGUUUGCGUCUGCCAAGUUUCAAGUGAUUACCAUAAACAUGAAUAUUUAGGAGACAAAGGAAAUUGAGAAUCAAACCUAAAGUUAAAAAUUUUAAACCUGAAUAACAACUCAGUUUUGACCUGAUAACUUAAAAUUAUUAUGUAACCAUACACCAAGAAGAUGAGAGAUCAACUCACUGAGCAACUUAACUUCAGUUUAAGAAACAAUUUGAUGGCAAUUCAGGCUUAAAGAUCAUAAUUAACCCCAUCCAAAGCCUAAAUUCCAGGGCCCAGUUGUUCGAACGUCGGUUAGCACUAACCCAGGGUUAGAUUUUAACCCGGACUUCUUUUUCUUUUCAUCAAAGGUACUCUCUCGGAUUAUUUUCUAUAUUUUUUUAAAGUAUCCAAUCAUCAAAUUGUAGGCAAAAAGAAUUAAACUGAAUUUGUUUUUUAAGCUCUCAAAUCUGAGUUCAAAUUUGGCACUAACCCUGGGUUAUCUUAACCCACCUUCAAACAACCCGGCCCAGGUUUACGUAAGUCUAAUCUGGGCCAGGUUGUUUGAAGCCAGGUUAAGAUAACCCAGGAUUAGUGCGAAAUUUGAACUCAGAUAUUAGAGCUUAAAAAGCAAAUUCAGUUUAAUUCUCUUUGCCUACAUUUUGAUGACUGGAUACUCCAAAAAGAGUAGAGAAAAUUAUCCAAGAGAGUGCUCUUGAUAAAAAGAAAAAGAAAGCGUGGUUAAAUUUAACCCCGGGUUAGUGCUAACCAGCAUUAAAACAACUGGGCCCUGAUGACUGUUAACCACUAUACCACUUUGCUUUAGAUCACAUGAUCAAUCUCUCUGUCAAGAAGGGUUAGUGUAGAAACAAACUUCAAAAAGAAGACUAUUUUUAUUAUUACUGUACUGUUUCUAUAUAUAUUACCUCAUGAUUGUUGCAAUUUGUUUCAGAGUUUGCCCAUCAAUGGAGAAGUAAUAUUUUAUGAUGGUGCUGAAAUACAAUUUUGUGCCAGUGAAACAAAUUCCUGUAAUGGUGGGUGUGGAUUAUAGUUUUUGACUUAAUAGGUCAUCAGAGUUGUCAAUGUGCGGAAAGUAUCUGAAGGCUGGCUGAAAUACUUAGAAGCUGAUUUAGCUAUUAUCCUUUAAGAAUCAGAGGAAUACUAGACCAGGAGCCCUGAAUUUGUACAGCUGGCAAAAAAAAAUGACUGAGUUAAAGAUACUGGCUGCUGAUGACAGUUUUCUCUUGGGUCCCCAGUUUCUUUUACUGCAAUUAUUAAUAUAGGAAAUAUACCUAUCUGAAAUUUGUUUUAUUUCUUAAGUAUCUGAAUUCACGAAAGGACACAUUAGAAUUGUUUGUUUGGUUGUUUUUUUUUUGUUCAAGACUCAGGAGAUAUUCAUUUUCUGGCCUCUGUUCAAGAUUGGUAUAAUCCUUACAACUGGCAGGAUAUUGCAUCAUUAGCUUCUAGCAUCAUCCUUCACACAGAUAACGUGCCUUGUGUUCAUGAUACUGCUGUCUUUCCACAGGUAAUUAUAAUAAUUAAAGCACUAAGCCAUCUCACUUUGUACAUUCAAUGUAUGAAUUUUGGAUAUCCAAUACCACAGUUUUCUUGGAAGCAUAAUUUGUGCAAUAUAGAAAAAGGCAACUCUCCCUUUGUUUUACUAGCAAAUGUGCAUUGCACUUUGAAUGAAAAAUUAAACAUGUUGACCCAAAGUCACUUUUUUGCGAGGCUGAAUCGCUAUUUAAUUUAACUUGAAGACUUGAAAAUUAUCAUGUUGUCAUUUUUCUUAUCAAAGUACAUCCAGUACAAUUGCAUGCAUGCUAUAUCCAAACCCUCACUGUUAUUUAAAGCCCCUCAUUCCCCAAUGUUUAUCCAUCAAUCAAAUUAGCUUAAAAUGAAUUAAUCCUUGCUGCUAAUAAGGUUAAUGUAUGAGAUUGACAGUACGUUGAAUUGAUGCAACAACAACACAGUGCCAGUCAUCCAGACCCUUAGAAAAGGAGGCCCGGGUCUCCAAAAAAACUUUUUGCGGCCCUGGUCUAAAAAUAAGGGGGGAAGGGGGCAGCGUCCCCCAGGCCCCUCCCCUGAAUCUGCCACUGCAACAACAAGUUCAUUCAGUAUUACCAUUUCUGUACAUGGUGUUACUGACUGAAAUACAAAUAAUUAACAGAUAGUUUUAAGGAAAUACAAAUAAUGGUAUAAUUAAGUAUUAUUAAGUUUCUUUCAUCUUUCAAAUGCUUGAAAAACGAAAUUAGCAGUUAGCGUGUUGAUAAUAAGUGAAUCAGUAUUGUUGAAAAGAAAACAGACUUUAUCGUGGUUAUUGUAAUUUGUAUUAAAAUAAUAAAAAUAAUGUAUUUCAUGCCAUUGGUAAUAUGUUUUUAUAAGAUCCUUUUCUCCCCUCAGAAAUUUCCAAGGACUCUCAUCUAUGGGUUGGGUAUGGAUGUUAUUUAAGUCCUUUAAGCUACUGGUUCAUUCAUGAACUGUGUCUCAUUUUGUUCUUUGACAGGACAGUUCAUUUCUAGUCAGUUCCAGUAUUCCUGUCAAAGUUGCUGCUGUUGAAUUGUUUGGUCAGGUACACUCUCCUUGCUUUAUCAGAUGAGUGUGAGACAUUAAUGUGGCAUGGUGUAGUGUUUUGAGCAAAAUAGGGUAUUAACCUGUUAAUCCAUAAGUCCCUUAGUUUUCAGGUUAAGCCUGUGCCAGGCUCUCAGUUUGUAGGGAUGAGCAAAAAGAAAAAGCAAAAGUGGGGCUGUGGUCUAGAUUUUUCCCACCAGGUAUUUUCGUAAUUUUUCGAUUCAUGCUUGCUUGCUUGGGCCUAGGCAUGUCAUAUUCUAACUAAUUUUCAUUCUACAACAAAAAGCUGGGAGGGCUCCGUGGGCAAGGAAAAUUUGAGAGCUUGUUUUUUCUUUUUUAAAUCUUGCAUGCUGUUGAAAUCCAACUUUGAUGUAUUUCCGGCAAAUUUUCUCUACAUUGGUUAUGCUCCAGUUAGAUAUUUUAUUUGGCAUCACAUAUGAACAUUUUUAACUUAAAAGUUUUUACAGUCAUGUCCUGCAUACACUGAUGGUGUACAAGAUACUGGAUAUUGGAUUACAGUCACCGGAGACAACUUCCCAAAACUUUCAGUUGCCUUAUAUUUUCUGCAAAGUUGACUUGUAUAUAGUGGUCCCUGUGUAUAACGGUCACCUUGCCAUUUCCCAAGGGUGACCACACAGGUUUGUACUGUACUUAUUUCCCAUUGACACAUUUGUCAAUUAACACUAAAUAUUUAUUGGUAGAGGCAAAGCUCGAAGAGUUUCAAGGAUUUUUAUUCCGGUGAAUCAGGAAGGUUACAGUUUAACUUGACUGAGUCAGCUGAUAUCACAGCUGUGGAAUGUAUUGAUUCCACAGGCUGCCCAUGUGGAACCUGGAAGGUAAUGUCAGGCACUCUGCAGCUCUUUUUAUGCUUAUCCCCUGUAAGGAGAGGAACAUCGACAGGACUUUUGAUAGCGACAGAAAUCAAGCUUACAAUCAUGGACAAAAGUCCUUGGGACCGUAAUGCAGUAUUCAUAUUGUUCUGUAAUUUCUGGAUGCCCUCAUAAAACAGUGCAUCCUUUUCGAAAUUUUCUUGCAGUUCUCCCUCCCCCCUAUACAAAGUUAAAACUCGAACAAAAUUCUGAGUGCUCACAUCCAACAUUGUUUGUGGGGUAAGGGGAGGGGCUGGACCUGUGUGAAUUAGAAAAUGCCCCAAAAAUGCAAAAGUAUCUCAAGACUUUUGCCAAUUAUUGUAGUAAAGAUUGCAGAGUAAAAGUGAGAACCAGUACAGCAUCCUGGACAAAACCUAGCCUCAUGCGAGCAUUAGUCAUUCAUUUUGAACGUCAAGAGAAUGCAUAAGCUCACUCCUCACUCUCGCAUCCCCCUUCCACGUGACUUCGUUCAAAAUCCUUAAAAUAGAGAGCUGCUUUCCCAUAAGCUAAACAGCAUCAUUAAAGGAAUGUACUGCUUAGUACCUUUUGAUUUAUUGGUGUACGGUUCACACCAUCCAUUUACAGACUCCAAAGGUUACUGGGAGAACCGAUCGUUAUUCUUGUACAGCACAAAAAAACAGUAUUAAAAGUAAACGAGUACUGCUCAGUGGCUUAUUUUUGCAAGUUUGGGGUUCAUGGAAAGAAUAUGAUGUUAAAUAAUGACUCUGACAAAUUGACUUUUUAUAAUACUCAUUACGAUUAUGUUAUUUUCAGUUAGCGGAAAAUAUAUGCAGCCAUGUUAAGUGUAAGGACCCAGGAUGUGCAAAGCCUUUUAAACCCGAAGGAAGCUGCUGUGAUAUUUGUGGUAAGAACAAUAGUUAUUUUUUCUGUUUCUAACAAGUUACGUUUACUUGAAUACGAUUUACUACCGAUGUCCAUGUGCCACCUGCACCUCUAGCAACUGCACCUACCCUUUUAUGAUGAAGUCCUCCAAGAUAGUUCUAUCUUUUGAGACUGCAUUUGGAUGAAAUCAUGGGGUGUGACCACUCAUACAAAUAAAACCCCUUUUGUAGUACAUUCACAUACUUCUAAAGUGUUAUUUUAUAAUGUAUUGCUCAUAAAAUACCAUUAAAGCAGAUUUGCGUUUCAUCGUUUUACAAAAUGAAAUUAAGAUUUUUUUUCUUUUUACUUUGGCCAUUUCCGGGAUUAACUUGAAAUGGCGACAAAAAAAGACAGUAGAGUCAGAUUUCCCAGUCAAAGAACUGCCAUAUUAAACAUGAGAUGCAGUACGUGUUUUUGCGAAUAUCAAGACACGGAGAAUAUUUUGUUUUGUGAUUGAUUGCUAUAUUCACCUAGUCACUGCACCUUUUACCCUGAUGUAGUAGUGCAUUGCACUCUGAUUGAAAUGGGCGUUACUAUUACUACAGGUACUUUGCUAAAAUUGAGUCUAAGGCAAGAUUUCAACAUGGCGUCUUACAGAGAUCUGCUGAUGAAUGUCUCUCAGAAAGUAAGAUAUACCGUUGUACUGUACGCACUUUUAACAUGGUCGAGCAUAAACGCCCGGGUGAACGUAGUCCUGAAUAGGACUGUUGUCAACAGUUUCUGACGUUUCAACAACCUGUGCGGUAGUCAUCUUCAGAGUCAACUUGAGCUGUAUUGUGUCACAUGAUGGUAUUUGACUCUGGUUACUGACCUGAUUGGUAAAUUAAGUCACGAUGUUAUUAGUUGUGUGUCAGUUAAGCUCAUUUAAGCUGUGAUGUUAUUGGCUAUGAAGACUCGAAAUGUCAUCGGUGCGCUCCCACAGUUAGGUUUUGAGAAGGUGGGAUUCUCAUACGUUUAUGUUCAGUCUGGUCAUUUGUCAUCUCAUCUUCCUUUUUUGCUUUGUCGUCAUUUGGUACCCUUACGUUAUUUGACAUUCAAUAUUUUAAGAGCUAAUACGGUCUGAUGUAGUGAUUUUUAAAACUUGUACUUUACAGGGAUAUGAGGGCGUUACUAUUGCCACUUCUAAAACAGAAGCUGGAUUUGUGCAGGUGGUCUUAACAGAUCAGGAAAAUGGUAUGAACUUGGUCUUAUGGUUCAUGAUAUGAUAUGUUUCGCGCCUUUGUGUCUACAGAUGAUAUCCUUACUGAGCCGGAAUAUGUGAAGUUUAUGUACCAUAAAUAAUAUAUUCUCGCUGCUGACCUUUUGCUUCAGGGUUUGUUAAAUGGUGACCAACUGUUUUUUGCUUACACGUCAAUUCGCUAACUCGUUUACUUUCGCUAACGAAGCAAAAAUGAUGCUAUACAAUGCAUAUACCUCAUUAUAUUCUUUCAGCCGCGACACGAUCAACCCCCAUACACGUAUGUAUACCCCGUUCUUUAAGCCACUGAUCAGACGAAAGAAGUUAGGGAACUGACCUAGUGAACCUUUUGCGAAAAGACUCAAGACCUUAGCAAACCGGCAAGAAGUUGGCGAAAAGACCGUAAAUGGCAUGAAUAGUUACUUUAAAUAUUGUGGUGUUGGUCUGGCACAGUCAAACCUCCUUGAGAUAUCUGGUAGGCCCUGUAUACUAUUUAGACUGGUGAUGUGCUGCUAUGAUUGAUUACAUUUUGGAAGCCUGUUUGAAGCGGGUUUUUAACACCAUCCUAAACUGCUAUACUUCUCGUAUCUCAGUUUCAAAAGCCACUUCUAAACUUUUUUUCUAGUAACAUCGUUUUCCCUUGUGUCACAAUUAUCCUAAAUCGCUAACCCAUGUGUAUAAAACCUGUAAGUACAUUACUUACAUGAAAAGGAAAUAUUUAAACGAGACACACUAUCGCCUUUGAAGUAUUACGUUUGUGAUAUAUAACAGUGUUAUUUGUCCCUGUAUGGACGCUAACAGUGGAAUUUACCCUUGAUUAAUCCUUCUUUAAUAUCACUUAGCAUUAUUCUGUACGACUGAUAGGCCCCAUUUUUUUUUAUCCAUGAAAAACCCCUUGGUGAGAAUUCUAAAAUAAUAUAUGUUUUUGUUCUCGCUUUUUAAAUUCGUUUUGUAAAGGAAUGAAAGCCCAGAUUGCAAGUGAACACUUGAAGGAUUUGUUGACUUCAGGUAAUGUUUUAACCCUUUAAACCCUAAGAUCAAAAUUUGAAUUCUCAUUUGUUGCCCCUAUUCAUUUGGUUCAGAAAGUAGUGGGGAGAAGUUGAUAAAAUAUCAAGCAAAUUCAUCUUGUGUGAUCAUGUUCGCUGUUGUCAUGACCACUCUGUUUUACGAAUCAUCGAUAUUACAAGGAGCAAUUUGAUGCUGAUCAUUGGAUACGGCAAGGUGUGCAAUUCAUAAUUAACGCUCUCUAACUUUGCUUAAAUUUCAAACUAUACAGCGUUAAAUAUCCCACUUAUAAUCCAGUACCUUAGGAUAGUUAUACUGUUCACAAGCUCUCUAUUUUCUCGAGGCACAUCAGAAGGAAAGCAUUUAAACAGCGAGAGAAGCGAUUGCGAGCUUUACGCACAAGUUCGCAUUCAGUUCAAGAGUUUUUCGAUCGAAGAAAAAUAUGAGGGUAGUGUGCAGUCUGUCGAAUGGCCUGAUACCAGUCAAUUAUUCGAUGAGGUUGAGUAUGUAAUGAAGAAUCCUGUAGAUCGAGGAGGAUUUUUUCCUCACACUUUUGUCUGCCACCCGACAACGCAACGGCACUCUAUUCACAACUAUCACAAAAAAACCUUCCUGAACCUCAGUAAUACACUGCUGUCAAACUACAAAAUUCGCCAACAUUUGCCAAACUGAGCGAGAUGAAAUAAUAGAAAUGAAGUUUGAAAAAGAGCAUGAAUGCAGUUUUAGGUGAACGUUUCGCUCCCUGCUCUCCCCUCACACCCCGCCGGGCGGGGCUCGAGGGUUUCGCACGCAAGAAUGCGCGUUUUUGGCUCUUCACGCCUUAUGGUUUAAGAGAACUGAAGAAACUGGUUAAUUUUCAUCCUAGUAAAAACAAUGAACUGAGAAAUUGUUGCCCUGUUUCUUUUCUGCAGAGAAAGCAUUCAGUGUUGAUAGUGCUGAGGUUCUUAAGCAGUCAGCCACUACUGCUGUAAGUGGAAAAAAGUCGGGUCAGUAUGAAUUUUGAUGAGAAUAUUUUCUUGAACUGAUUAAAAGGGACAGUGAAGCCAAAUUUAAGCAGAGCACAUAAUAAGCGUACACCUCCAUCAAUGGGUACCUCCUCAGAGCUGCUAAUAACAGUUGGUCGUCGGACAAAAUCCGACUUAACACUUAACAUACUUCUUCCACUCGGACGUUAUAACUUAACAGAUCAAAUUCCAUUGAUUUUCAUUUUGAAAAUAAAGAUUUGCUUGUUACUUUAAGAAACUAAAAGUCAAUGUAGAGUAUAUGACCGGCAACUUUUCUGGUUUUUCCAACUUAACCGACGACUUGGUCAGUUAUGUCCUUUGUAAAACAACAAAUUAUCUGCCUGUUUAAGCAGGCACUAGUGACUGUUAAAUGGGUUACCAUGGAAUGGAGGCUAGUCAGUCACAGGGUUACCAGGUUUAUAAUUUUAUUCAAUAAGCAACUCCAAGAAUUCACCCUUGCUUCCCAAUAUUCUUAAAAUAAUAAUUAUAGUGCUUUCAUAUCAUCUUAUCAAAACCAUGGCCAAUGGAGGCUAACGACCAGAUAAAAUCAUGCUCUCGUUGAUUAUUUGUUUUCACUGUGCCUUUUUACAGGAAAACCUAAAAACAACUUGGUUAUUCCACUGGCAGUAGGACUAACCAUAUUAUUUCUGUUCCUUGUUACUGUUUUGUUUCUGAUCUUUAGACGAACUAAAAGGUGAGUGCUAGUCUACCGUAAAUGACCUAAUAAACGCCCGGAGCGUCCAUUUAAUUUUAGGGAUCCUAGCGUUUAAUAGAUAGGAGACGUUUAAAAGAGGGAGGCGUUCAUUCUUAUAACUGUAACAAGCUCAACGAAACUAAUAUGCUUUCUGCAAGAAUGUCAAGAGAGUUUAACAAUAGCGGAAUAUCCACUCCGUUAGUUGAUACGUCUAGGCGGUCUAGUUAACAAUUAUUCCUCGAGCCCGAAUGCGCUCAGAGGCCAUAAUUGUUGUUUUAGUAAAAUCCAACUAGUUGGUCAAAAAUAUCGAGACAAAACAAAUUUCGCUAGUUAAGGCUAGACUUAAAUCCUUUUUUGCCGCCAAAAAUCCGGCGCUUUUCGCUACUAGUGGGCUAUAACAUAUAGCCUAGUAGUAGCUCAACCAAUCAGAAUGCAGCAUUAACAAUAGACCACUGGUUGGAUUUUACUAAAGAUCCAUAUCGCUCUUUCAAAUCCCAACAUCGAUGUCAGAAUCCUCGCUCAGGGUUAUUGUGUUACCAUCGUUAGUCUAUCCGUACUUUGAACUGGACACAAUAAACUGAAUUAAUUUAAUGAUUUUGCCCCUUUUUGCUUAUUCCUAUUCUUUUGGAGUAAUUCUUAAAGGAAGCGUCUUGUAGCCAGGGGGCAUAUAUUAGAGAGAGGCGUCUAAUACAAUUUUAAUAGCCUAGCGGGGGCCUUUAUAUUAGGUAAGAUAUAGAUAUUAGAUAUUUAUUUGGAAGUGGGGGUUUGUUAGGUCAUUUACGGUAUUUUAUUACUCAGUUAAUUCAAAGGGGACAGACUGCAAAUUGUUGUUGCUCGACAUAUCUAUAUGCCGUAACUGUUCAUCAGUAGAAUGCCUAAAAUGAUUGGACGUGUCACCCGACCAGGUCAACUUUUAUUCGGACAAACGCGAAAAUUUGUCGCGUUGACUAUUAUUUCUGCUUCAAAAUGAUGGUCUUAGGUAUUUGACAUCAUGUCCGACCAAAGCAGUUAAUUCAACAGAAAAUAUGUUCGUCUUCCAUACAUUUUCUUUUCAACUUAGUUCGACACUUAGUUAAGUUCAACCUUAACUUUGAUGCACAGUAGCCCGCGCGACGUAACUAAAAUAAGUUCUAACCCAGUAGCAGUUUGGUUCGUCUCAUGAAAAGUUCAACGUUUGGGCCUAGCCACAUUUUUUUUCGUCUUCAUUUUGCACAAUCUGGAUCCUGCUAAAUUGAAUAUCCUGUAGCAUCGAUGUAGACCGUAUGCAAGCCAAUACGUUCGCACCUAAAUUUGGUUUGAUUUUACCUUAUCUAGGAUACGAAACCAUUCAUUUAAGUUUGUUGAAGUUGAAGAGUUUGAGCUAGAUGAAAUGGAUGCUGACAAAGAAGAAGCUAAAUUGGAAAAACAAUACUCUUCUGGUCCAAGUAGUGAUAAAUCGGCGGUAUGUUGGCAUUAUUCAUAUGAUAGUAGAAUUAAUUCAUUUUUCUCUUGUCUGUUAAUAUGCCAUUUCCACGAUGGCAUCAUUCUACUCCUUUCACAUUUAAAUAUGUUUAUCGCAGAGAGGUUUAAAUGAUAAAAGUCCUAAUUUGCACAUCAAAGCAAAUCCUGGAGGAUUCUGGUCGUUGUAAAAUGACGUAGGCGUGCAAAUCAGGCCUAUUGAAUUUGGCUGUUGAAUGACGCUUGGAUGGCGAUAUCCCGUCUUUUCAUGAUCUUGACCUACAAUCAUCAAAAGUCUUAGGAAGGCUACUACUUUUUACCUCAUUUUUCCUUCUUUCCCCCUCCCCCUCGCCCAAUGUUGGACAAACCUUAAGUGUUUAUGCGCGUAAUUUGCUUUACCAUAUCCCAACAUUGAUUAGGGGGACGGGGUGUAUUUAGCACAAAGGAAAACCAUAUAUUUUUUUUCACUUUAGAGUAAACUGUUGUUAAGUUGUACAACCUUCCAAACUACUUUUGUCCUGGAUUGUAGGUCGAAAGUGACUUAGCUAUUGGGUGGCGAUAUCGGGUCUUUUCAUGAUCCUGACCUAGGACGAAAGUGAUUUGGGUGCACUUGUACCAUUACAUCUAAUAGAGACUAAAGAAAACGUGAAAUACAUGGUCAGAGAAAAUUGUGGAAAGUUCGGUAAGAGUGUCAGACCCUGAUAAACUGGUAGACUACCCUUGCUUCUCCCCCCACCCCUAUCCCCUUCCAGUUUACAUUUUGGGGAUCUUAUAAUGUCACGUGUUGGAGGGCCCAUCGACCCAACUCGCCAGACUACAAUGCGUGUCCAAUUUUGUUUCAACAUUGGCUGAAAGCUGAACAUUUUUCAUGCUACACCGUCACGACUGACUUAUCUCUCUGUACUCUUUCUCUCCUUUUCCGAUGCUGAGUCUGGCGUUUUUUGCAAAUGGGUAGUACGUGAAUCAACAUUUUGGAGGGCGUAACGUACCGCUGAAGUGUUCCAACAAACUUGACGACUGUAGUAGCCAGCGGUCGCUGUCAUAACCAUGCCAGUCGGCGUUGUUAAACAGUGAUCAGGGCAGGGCUACAGCUGUACCCGUGUUGCUGGAAAUUGGCCCAGACGCUUCACUAUAAUCUCUCGCUAAAAAAUAAAUUAUUGAUGUUUUAUUUUCCAGCUGGCGAUGGCUAACCCACUCUAUGAAAGUGCAGAAAAUGAAAAGGAGUAAACGCUAGUUUGCGCCCAAUCUCAUCAAAUUAGUUUAUAAUUUUUAAGAGCCACUGAAAGAUCUUUGUUGUUUCAGAGGUAAAUUAAAGUUAAAGCACGAUUGAAAAACACGAGACAUCUUCUUACAGAUAUACUUCGGUUUAAACUUACAUUCUUCAGAAUUGAUGCGCAAUGUACAAAGCAAGGGUAAGUUCUGUACAUGGCUUUAAAAGGUGCGUCAGUUAAAAAAAGGGUACUGUCCCUCCGUUAAAAUUCGAUAGAAG